CAUGAUCGGCCACACGAAACCCAACAUGGUCAUCGUCAAACAACUUUUCCAAGAUUUCCCCGACGUCUUGGAAUUCCACAUCAAGAUGAACGUCGUGAGAGUGAUGGACAGCGAGGUCGGCGUCGGCACCAUGUUCCUGCUGAUCAACACGCCGCCGGAGGGAGGGACCUGCACGCUCACGCCCCCGCCCAACAGGGUCCUGGUCGUCGACGAGACCACGCCCGUAGAUCCGGAGACAGGCUACCUCCUCCGCCACGGACGAACACUCACGGAGGACUUCUACUGCGACUGCAAGGGUUUCUACGACCAGCAGAAGGACAAGAUCGCCAAAUACAGCUUCUUUUGUGAGUGUUGAACAGGGGACACGCGGGUCACUUUUCCCCUGUGUUAUAUUUUUUUUUAUAAGGAUUUGGUGAAGACGGAAAAGAAUAGAGAUUGCUUUCCAGGUG